UCCGCCAGGUGUAGCCCACUUACACCUCGGAGUUCACCAACGUUCCAGAUCUUCUUCAAACAUUCAUAAAACAAUUUCCCCGAUCUCUAUAUAUAUAAUUCCAAAAACAGCAAAAAUUCCUGAUACCCGCGCUCUGGAGUAGCCUAUGGCAGCCCCACCGGCGACUGUAUUGUUCUUAUUAUUAUUGUUUCCUGCAGCGGUGUUUCCAAACGCCGAAGAAAAUUUCGACGUUCGCCGCCAUUUAUCCACUGCUACCAGGUAUCAUAUUGCGAAGGAUAUUUCUGAGAAUUCAUUUGUUCCUUCAAAUAUCCCCGAUCAGUGUACACCUAUUCACUUAAAUCUUGUGGCAAGGCAUGGAACUCGUGCUCCUACCAAGAAAAAGCUGAAAGAACUAGAAGCCUUGGUCUCUCGCCUCAAAGUGCUAUUAGAAAAUGUAAAAGAGCAGAAGUCAACAGGCAUUCCUACAUGGUUAUGGGGAUGGAAAUCUCCUUGGACAGGAAAGCACAAGGGUGGAGAGUUAAUUCGUGAAGGAGAAAAUGAACUGUAUGAGCUUGGUAUUAGAACCAGGGAACAAUUUCCAGACCUCUUUAAUGAGGAUUACCACCCUGAUAUAUAUCCUAUUAAAGCCACUCAGGUUUCACGAGCCUCGGCUAGUGCUGUUGCAUUUGGCAUGGGGCUCUUUAGUGAUCGAGGAAAUCUAGGACCAGGACGUCAUCGAGCUUUUGCAGUUACCAGUGAAAGCCGUGCAAGUGAUAUAAUGUUGAGAUUCCAUGAUUGCUGUCAAAACUAUAAGGCAUUCAGGAAAAAUCAGGAACCAUCUGUUGAUAAGCUCAAGGAACCCAUAUUAAAUGAAGUAACUCAACAAUUAGUUAAGCGUUGGGGUCUAAAUUUCACUAGAUCGGAUAUAUCAUCUUUGUGGUUCCUUUGCAAACAGGAAGCUUCUUUAUUGAACACAACUGAUCAAGCUUGUGCCUUGUUCACUCCAUCUGAGGUUGGUUUGCUUGAGUGGGCAGAUGAUUUAGAGGUCUUCGUCCUGAAAGGUUAUGGUAAUUCACUGAAUUACCGGAUGGGAGUUCCAUUGCUUGAAGAUGUCAUCCAGUCAAUGGAGCAAGCUAUUAAGGCUAAAGAAGAUGGACUUGUUUCUGGAAGCUAUGAAAUGGCAAGACUCCGAUUUGCUCAUGCAGAAACUUUGCUUCCAUUUUCCUGUUUGAUUGGGCUAUUUCUUGACGGACCUGAGUUUGAACAAAUACUGAGAGAGCAACCUCUGGAACUACCUGUUAAACCUCCCAAAAAGAGAAUCUGGCGUGGUAGCUCAGUCGCCCCAUUUGCUGGAAAUAACAUGCUAGUUCUAUAUAGCUGCCCGGCCAACAAUUCAAGCAGAUACUUUGUACAAGUACUGCACAAUGAACGUCCCACUCCACUGGCAGGCUGCGGAAACUCUGACUUUUGCCCAUUUGAGCUGUUUAAGGAAAGAAUAGCUGCUCCUCAUUUGAAGCACGACUACAACGCUCUUUGCAGCAUGGAGUUGGAACAAUCAAAGCAAACAGCCCCGACCAAUAAGUUUGCACAAAUAUUGAGUUGGUUUUUCCCCGGCGAUUCUAAACAACCCCAGAAUGCUGAGUUAUAGAUUGAUGAAAGAGCUACUCUGACCUUUUCUUCCUUGCUGACACCAACUUUUGUUUAAUCUUUGUGAUCAAUCCUGGUGUUAUUCAUAGGCUAUAGUUAACUUGGUUGAGAUAAACCAACUUGCUUAGGUUUGUCGAUUUCAUGUUCUUACAUUCUGUUCCAGUUAGGUGGUGAAUUUCAUCCUGACUAUUGGGUUAUAUUUUUAAUCAAGAGCUCAGCUACAGGAAUCAUAUUGCCACUAUUCCUGAGUUUUCUGUCAUCCAAGUUCUCACUGUAACAGUAUAUUACGUUGAAAUCAUCUCUGCUUCUCAUUCUUCCAA